AUGGCCCCAUAUGCGCGUCUAUUGGCUAUCAAUGAGCUCGUAGACGAAUCGACGAUUGCUCAGCUAGAGGCCAAGAACAAGGAGGAGCUAGAGAAACUCGAUGCCAGGCUCAAGGAGGCAGAAGAGACCGAGGGAUUGGGACAAGUAGCAGCACAGAAACUUGCGCUUGAGAAAACACCAGGCCUUGGUGCUCGGAUUGACAUUGCACUCACGCUUGUCCGGAUCGGGAUGUUCUUUGGAGAUCGCGAGUUGAUUACCGAAAAUCUCUCGAAAGCUGAGAGUCUAGUUGACCAGGGCGGAGAUUGGGACCGGCGGAAUAGGCUCAAGGUCUACCGAGGAAUUCAUUUACUGUCGAUUCGUCAGUUCAAGCGAGCUUCCGAGUUGUUGCUCGAUUCUUUGAGCACCUUUACCGCGUCUGAGCUCGUUGACUAUAACCAAUUCGUGGUCUACUGCGUCGUUUGUGGUACACUUGUGCUUAGUCGACCAGAACUCAAGAAACGGAUCCUCUCCUCCCCAGAAGUAAACCAGGUGAUGCCCGAAAUACAAGAUAUCGCAGAUUACACAUCCUCCCUCUACGAGUGCCAAUACGCGAAAUUCUUCCAAGCACUUGCGAGCCUGGAACAAACCCAUCUUCUUCCUUCUCGACUCUUAAACCCCCAUGCACGAUUCUACGUCCGAGAAAUGCGCAUCCUGGCAUACGCCCAACUUCUCGAAUCGUACAGGUCUCUUACGAUGGAGAGUCUGGCAGGGGCAUUCGGUGUCAGUGUCGAGUUUGUCGAUCGGGAUCUGUCGAGGUUCAUUGCUUCUAACCGACUCAAUUGUACGAUCGACGCCGUGCGCGGAGUGGUCGAGACCACUCGACCAAGCACAAAGAAUGCGCAAUACGAGACGGUCAUCAGGACGGGAGACGUGUUACUUAACGAGGUGCAGAAACUCAGUCGUGUGCUUUGUUAA